GUUCGUGCCGAAUCGGUCGGAGGUCGAACGAUCGCACAAACCCGGCGCACAAAUUCUAAUUAAAAAAUCAUAAUGGGAACGAUCAAAAUAGAAGGCAUCGAAAUUUAUCCAGCUCAGACAGAGGGCAGCCCAGAUGUGUAUUCUGAAAGUCCAUUUCGCCUUGCCAAAGCAAAAUGGGUGUCCGAUGACGAAGCAUCGAUAUGCAUCGCCUGCAACCAGAAGUUCACCCAGCUAAGACGGAAGCACCAUUGCCGGAUGUGCGGAAGGGUCCUUUGCAGCAAAUGCUGUAAGGAGAAGGUGCCCCUCCCUCAGCUCAGCCUACAUGACCCCGAGAGAGUGUGUGAUAUAUGUCUUCCCGUCACAGAGCUGGUCACCAAGGCACGAUCCGGCUCAACAGCAUUUCAAAUUGAAGCAUCGACUGGUCUCUUGGAGAACGUAUGUGACCCCAAAGGACUUAGAAAGGUCGUUGAACUUGGUGGCCUACAGACCUUGAUCUAUCUAUCGAGGGUCAACGCCCAGCCCGUCAAGAGGGCCUGUGCCUCUGGGAUUCACAGCAUGUCUACCCAUCAACCGUUGCAGCAUCUGCUAGCGGAUGCAGGAGCUAUCAAGGCCAUUUGCAGUAUCCUAUCAACAGCAGACGAAAGUCAAGAAACACUCAUCAUCGAUGCAAUAAGUGCCCUUAUGAUCUUCGUCAAAUCCCCACAUCUCAAGACAAAAGCAAUAUCUGACGGUGCCUUACAACCCGUGUUGAAACUCUGUGGGAUGCAGGCUUCGGAGGCCAUAGCGCUCCUUGCUGUCCGUACGUUGAAUCUCAUCACAGAACAUGCCGGCAAUCAUGCAGCAAUUAUUGAGAAUGACAGAAAUGCCUUGCCACAUCUUCUUUCACUGACCACAUCAAGUGAUGAACAGAUGCAAGAGAUCACAUUAAAGACAUUAGGAGGCUUGUCAAUGGGAACAGACUGGCAUAGACAUAGAAUAGUACAGGAGGACUUUUCAUCUGGGCGAUGCCUUGCGAGAGUAUUGAGGUCAAGGCCAAAGAACAAGCAAGUGCUAUGUAAUGCAGCAUGCCUGGUUGCUAACCUAGCAACAGGAGAACAAGACCAGGGAUCAUUGUCAGAGUGCGUUGACUCCCUAUGCACCCUGCUAUCUGAGUUCCGCUCUCAGAAGGAGCUCCUGAAGCAUGUCGCCAGGGCCCUCGCCAACUUUGCCAAGUACCGCCACAAUGCUUUCAGACUUGUGGAACGUUUGCCAGUGAUUAUCACGAUUUGUUUGAAGUCAAAUGCUGAAGACGUUGCUCAACAAGGAGUGAGAAUCGUUCUGCACCUACUCCAGCAUUCCCCGGAUUCUACCAUCAACUGUCUCCUCACCGAUGGUGCCACAGAUCUCCUAAAGUUCAUAUCCAAAUCACCAGGGAUGGUGGAUGCUAUGCAGAGCACACUCCUCAUGCGAGCUGCCGAGAGAGAAGCGCCCUCUUGAGUUCAGUUUAUUAAAGGCAACCUGUGUUUCAUUCCGAUCUCCUGAGGCUGAGGAGAACACGCCACUGAUAUCUUACCAGUGAAUGGAUAAGUUUUGCUAUUUCAUAUGAUGAAGAAAAAGUAAAAGAAAUAUACUUUACAAGUACUACUUUCUCCAGUUAUAUAAUUGGAUUUAAGCCCUGAUUUGGCCAUGUUAUGUGAUUGAAUGAUUUUUAACAUUGUGCUACUAUACUUGCCUAUAGAAUCUCAUAAAUUUUAUUAAUAGAUAUGAUACAUGUACCUCAAAUAUAAAAGCCACCUAAAAAGUGUCCCCAACUUAUUGACUGUUGAGCUAAAGGGAAAACCUGCUAUUGAGCCUCACAGCCGGAUAAAAUACCUUGGUGUGGGUGGGGUAUGUCGGAGGGGAGGG